CAUCGGGCCCCGCCCGGAGAUGCAGAGGGGGGUGCCCCCCGACGUGUCGUUCGAAGAGGUGGCCAUUUACUUCUCCCCCGAGGAGUGGGCAGAGCUCCUGCCCUGGCAGCGGGCGCUGUACCGAGAGGUCAUGGCUGACAACUACGACCUGGUGGCCAGUCUGGGCUCCGUGUCCAAGUUCACUGACAUGAAGGAGGAGUCCCCCGGGGAUGUCCCCUGUGCUGGGGGGGACAGCAGGACUUCUGACGCCUCCAGCACCGUUGCCCAGGACGGUUCUGCCAGUGAGGAUGAUGACGGGGGACACUGGGAAUUGGGGUUCGGUGCCCCCCGCUCCGGCUGGAGCGACACCACCCCGGGGGGCUGUGCCGGGGACCCCCCUCGGGAGGAGCCGGGGCCGCCCCCGUGUGACGGGCUGGGGCUGAGCUGCGGGGCCGAGCUGGGGGGUGCCCGGGCCGAGCCCCCCGCCCCGGGCCCGCCGUUCGUGUGCGGGACCUGCGGCAAAGCCUUCCGGCACCGCCGCAACCUCCUCACGCACAAGAGGCUGCGCGGGGGGAACCGGGCCCGGCACGGCUGCCCCGAGUGCGGCCGCGCCUUCUGCCUGCGCGGGGACCUGCUGCGGCACCGCGGCUCGCACCGGGGGCGGCCCGGCUGCCCCCAGUGCCCCCAGUGCCCCCAGUGCCCCCAGCGCCCCCAGCGCCCCCAGUGCCCCCAGCGCCCCGCGGGCGCGGCGGGGCCGUGCGAGGAGCGGCCCUUCGUGUGCGGGCGCUGCGGGCGCGGCUUCGCCUGGCGGGAGAGCCUGGAGCUGCACGUGCGGGCCCACCCGCCCCCCGAGCGCGCCCACCCCUGCCCCGAGUGCGGCCGCGCCUUCCGCAGCCGCGGGCACCUCCGGCUGCACCGCCGGGCUCACUCCGGGCACCGGCCCUUCCCCUGCGCCCGCUGCGGCCGCGCCUUCGCCUCGCAGGCCAACCUGAGCACCCACCGACGGCUGCGCCGCCGCUGCCGCGACCCCCGAGCACAGGGGAGCGGGGACCCCCAGGGGGAGAGGGACCCCCAGGGGAGCAGGGACCCCCAGGGGGAGAGGGACCCCCAGGGGGAGAGGGACCCCCACAAGGAUGGGAACAGGGACCCCCAGGGGGAGAGGGACCCCCACGGGGAUGGGAACAGGGACCCCCAGGGGGAGAGGGACCCCCACGGGGAUGGGAACAGGGACCACCCUGGGGAUGGGAAUAGAGACCCCCAGAGGGAGAGGGACCCCCCCAGGGAUGGGAACAGGGACCACCUCGAGGAUGGGAAUAGGGACCCCCAGGGGGAGAGGGACCCCCGUGGGGAUGGGAAUGGAGACCCUCGUGGGGAUGGGAACAGGGACCCCUCCAGGAAUGGGAACAGGGACCCCCAGGGGGAGAGGGACCCCCACGGGGAGAGGGACCCCCACGGGGAUGGGAAAAGGGACUCUCACGGGGAUGGGAAGAGGGACUCCCCUAGGGAGGAGAACAGGGACCCCUGCGAGGAGAGGGAGCCCCACAGGGAUGGGAACAAGGACCCCGUCAGGGAUGGGAACAGGGAGAGGGACCCUCCCAGAGAGGGGAACGGGGACCCCCAGGGGGAGAAGGACCCCCACAGGGAUGGGAACAGGGACCCCUCUGGGGAGAGGGAGCCCGACGGGGAUGGGAACAGGGACCCCCAGGGGGACGGGGACACCCACAGAGAGAGGGACUCCCUUGGGGACCAGGUCACCCGUGGGGACAGGGAUCGUCAGGGGGACAAGGACCCCCUUGGGGAUGGUGAUGCCUGUGGGGUCAGGGACCCCCUUGGGAACGGGGACCUCCUCAGAGACAAGGAUACCCUCAGGGAUUGGGACCCCCUCGGGGAUGGGGACACCUUCAGGGACAGGGGCACCCUCGGGGAUGGGAACCCCCUCGGGGCCGGGGCUGACCCAGGGGGUGACCAGCAGUACCCACAGGAUGGGAUUGUCCCAGUGCUCCCAUGAACGUGAUGCCAGUGCCACGGCCCAUCCCGGACACCCCGGAACUGUGGGCACCUGGGGACCCCUGAAACCACCUGAGGGGCUUCUCCGUGUCCCUUUGGACCUCAGGGAUCCCCCUGGGAUGUGUCUCUGCGUCCCUUUGGACCUCAGGGAUCCCCCUGGGAUGUGUCUCUGCGUCCCUUUGGACCUCAGGGAUCCCCCUGGGAUGUGUCUCUGCGUCCCUUUGGACCUCAGGGAUCCCCCUGGGAUGUGUCUCUGCGUCCCUUUGGACCUCAGGGAUCCCCCUGGGAUGUGUCUCUGCGUCCCUUUGGACCUCAGGGAUCCCCCUGGGAUGUGUCUCUGCGUCCCUUUGGACCUCAGGGAUCCCCCUGGGAUGUGUCUCCAUGUCCCUUUGGACCUCAGGGAUCCCCCUGGGAUGUGUCUCUGUGUCCCUUUGGACCUCAGGGAUCCCCCUGGGAUGUGUCUCCAUGUCCCUUUGGACCUCAGGGAUCCCCCUGGGAUGUGUCCCUACGUCUCUUUGGACACGGAGACACAUCCCAGAGGGAUAUAUCAAGAUAUAUCAAGAGGUAUCUGGACCUUGAUAUAUCUUCAGACUUCGGAAAUCCCUCUGGGAUGUGUCUCCAUGUUCCCUUUGGAUUCUGAAGUAUCUUCAGACCUUGGAAAAUCCCUCUGGGAUGUGUCUCCGUGUUCCCUUCAGGCCUUGAAGUACCUUCAGACUCUGAAAUGUCUCUCCAGGGUGCAUCCCACUUCUUCAAGACCUCGGAAAAUCCCUCUAGGGUGUGUCUGCAUGUUCCCUUUGGAUUCUGAAGUAUCUUCAGGCCUUGGAAAAUCCCCCUGGGAUGUGUCUCCAUGUUCCCUUUGGCCACUGAAGUGCCUCCAGACCUCGGAAUGUCCCUCCAGGGCACUUCCCAGUCCUCCCAGUCCCACCAGUGCCCUGCCCCAGGUCUGUGUUUAAAGCCAGGAGUCUCUUUAUGUCUGUUUGUUCUGAUUAUUGUCGUUUAUUUAUUCUUUUCUAUUUUUCUAUUUUAUUAAAUUCUAUU